AUGGCUACUUCCGACCCAAGAGGUAAAGACACCGAACUCUUCGAGAUGGUCCCAAUCCCUCUCGGCGACUCGGAAGGUGGCGAUUCUUCCGCUACCGAAAACAAAAAUGAAAAUGAGGCCAAGUUCCACCGCAGUAUCGAUAACCGCCAGAUGGUCUUUCUUUCUCUUGCUGGUUCCAUCGGUGCCGGCCUCUUUGUUGCUUCGGGAUCCGCUCUCAGUUCGGGGGGCGGCGGUAACGCCGUUCUCAACUAUGCCGUCGUCGGCUUCAUGAUAUGUACUACCAUGGGCUCCCUCGGCGAACUUGCCACUACGUUUCCUGUCGCGGGAGCCUUCUAUGAUUACACGGACCGCUUCCUCGGCGAACACUGGGGAUUCGCCAUCGGCUGGAUGUUCGUGCUCAACUGGCUCACCGUCCUCCCCUUCGAACUGACUACCAUGGGCGCUCAGCUGCAAUUUUGGAUACCCAAUCUCCGUCCCGAAUAUGCUGUCGCGCCGAUAUUGGCUGGAAUCUCUGGCGCGUCUUUCCUGGGAUCGAAAGUCUUUGGGGAGAUCGAGCAUUGGCUUGGGGUCGGCAAGGUUCUGGCUUGCUCUGUUAUUAUAGUUGUGGCUCUUAUCAUCGCUUCGGGCGGCGUUCCGCAAGAUACUAGAGAACCAAAACCUCUGGGAUUUGAAUAUUACCGUAAUGGAGCGGCGUUCAAGAACGGGUUUGCAGGUUUCCUCGCCGUAUUCCGCGUCGCUGGAAUGUCUUAUAACGGAACUGAACUCCUCGCCAUGACCGCCCGAGAAUGCAAAACGCCCGAAAAGGCCAUGCCCCUAGGAACCUACCUCGCCUUCUUCCGCAUCGCCGUUUUCUACGUCAUCGGCGUCUUCUGCCUCGGUCUCGUCGUGCCCUCCGACCAUCCAGACCUCAGCCAAACCGGCCACGGCGCCAAAUAUUCCCCCUUCGCCCUCGCCGCCCAACUCGCCGGAAUCCCCGGCCUAGCCCACUUUUUCAACGCCAUGAUCCUAGCGGCUCUCCUCUCCAUGGCCAACAUGGCCGUCUUCGCCACCUCGCGGGCUCUCCAAGCCCUCUGCGCCAAGGGAUGCGGACCGGCAAUCCUCGCGAAAGUCAACAAGAGAGGGGUUCCGUACUACUCCCAGAUCCUGGCUCUCUCUGCCGGUCUGUUGGCCUUCAUCAAUGCCGCUCCACAAGGCGCCCAAAUCUUCGAUUGGCUGCUCAACAUCGCCGCCACCUUCGGCUUCUACGUCUGGAUCGCCAUCGCCGUCUCGCAUAUCCGGUACCGCCGUGCGCUUCAGCGCAUCAACGUAUCUUCGAGAUCCCUGGUAUUUGCGAGCCCGUUCGGCGUGUGGGGUUCGUACUUUACCAUCGCCGUCGGAUCCUUCGCCCUGCUCGCGAAUCCUCUCUCGGCUGUGUUUCCCCUCCAGGGGGCCAAGGUCACCCUCACGAGCGUUAUGCGGGAGAAUGUUGGGAUGCUGGUGCCCUGGGCCCUCUGGACUGGGAAUUCCCUUUGGCACUACUUUAAGAACCGGAAGAAUCCUGACAGGAAGAAGUGGACCGUAUUCAAGCCGAUUGAGGAGCUUGACGUUGACUCUGGUCGAGUCACUAAGCGGGUACAGGGAGCAUGA